AUGGAGCAAGCCGCAGCGCUUACAAUGUCCGACAAGACCCCGGCCCCCACGCGCGAGGCCACCCCAGCACCACCGACCACCACCGACGCAAAGGCCACCCCGCCGACACCGUCUGACACCGCGGCUGCGCCAGCCACCGCGUCCACGGCAGCCGACGCAUCUACGAGCCCCACCAUCGCCGAGCGUGCUUCGCAACACGGCCUGUACUCGGGAAACUUUGAGGAGGAGGUCGGACAGGUGAUGCGCGGCCUGGGCAGCUUCUGGGGUGGAUUCAAGGCAAAGUCUGCGUCGACCCUCACAUCGUUCAAGGAGGAUCUCGACAAGACUGUGGCCCAGGUGCAGUCUGAUCUCAAGCAUCUGCAAGAGACCAAGGUGGAGGUGGUUCGCAAGGAGCCCGAGGAGUGGGAGAAGGAACAGGAAGCCGACAAGGAGAAGGCCCGUAUCCGCGCCGAGGAGGACAAUGCGCAAAAGGAGGCCGAAACAACUACCAAGGACAAGGGCAAGGGCAAGGCCCGUGAGGGCGAGGGCGAGGGCGAGUCUGCGGCGGACCCGUCGUCGUCUGCGACCGGUGCGCAGGCCAUCCUCAGCCGUCUGUCAAGCUCGACAAACCAGCUCCAGAGCACCCUCCAGUCGACUCUGGCCAGCACCCUCGCUGCCGCCAAGGCCAACCCUGCUCUCUCCAACCCUACACAGCUGCGCGAGCAGCUGGCAGAGAACCUUCGUCUCUCGUCUGCGCGGGAAAACCUCACCCUGUCGCUGCAUCAGGCUGAAAAGCUCGCCGAGGAUUACCUCAAGAAGGGCGAGGGUUUCCUCAAGCAGGCCGAGCGUGUGGGCGGUAACUUGGUCAAGGACGCCGAAAAGUGGGUCGAGGAGAAUGUCCGUGUCAUCCCCCCCGGCGACGCGACCUUUGUGCCCACGUCGGGCUGGGACGCUGGCGAGUGGUAUUCGUUCUCGACGUCGGCGCCGGCAGCGGCCGCGAGCUCGACCUCGACCUCUGCCGACGCCACUGGCGGCGUUACCCCUCGCGCAUCUCUGUCGUCGGCUGCCAUCGCCGGAUCCCGCAAGGAGGCCCUGCUCCGCCGUCUGCGCGAGGACAAGGAGCUCCUCCUCGUCGACCCGGCAUCCGAGGCCGAGACCAAGGAGCGCCGCGACGAGUUUGCAGCUUGGGUCGAGACCAAGUGGCCCACGGCCAAGACUGUCGGCCGCGAGGCCGAGGAGGCCAACGUCGGUGCGAUCCGCAUGGAGGUCGUGCCCGAGCACCUCUCGGACGAGCAGUUCUGGCAGCGCUACCUCUUCCACAAGGACAUGAUCGAGGCCGCCGACGCCAAGCGCAAGCUUCUCCUGCAGGUGACGCAGGACCAGGACCAGGUCGACGACUUUUCAUGGGACGACGAGGACGAUGCCCCCGCCGAGGCAGCUGCCGAGGCCUCGGCCGCCCCCUCUGGCGCGUCCACCACGCCCACCCUCACCACGGGCCCCAAGGUCGCCGACGCCGACGCGGCGCCCCAAGAGGCCAAGGAGACCAAGGAGGCAGCAAAGGAGAGUGCCCCCGCACCGGUCGUUGCCGCCGCCGCCGCCACGACCCCGGCCCCGGCCCCGGCACCCAAGCUCAGCAGCGCCGCCGCGUCGCCGCGCGACUCGGAGGAGAGCUACGACGUCGUCUCGGGCCAGGUCAGCACGGCCGCCGCGACCGAGGAGGACUCGGACUCGGACUGGGAGUAA